AUGAGACCUCUUUUUUACGAGAAAAAUAGUCAAAUUGCCGUGUCAGUGGCUGAAACUGAUGGCGUCUGGACUUUAAGUACGAGUAAGACUAUAUCACCUGAGCAAGGAUAUGUGGCGGUUUCCAAGAAUGACUCAUUAAUUGCCAAUAGAGAAGUUUACGUGGUGGACUCCAUCAAGGCAGGAAAGGGACAAGGAAACUCAGAUGAUAGCAUCUAUGCCAGAAUUCUCAAGCCGAUUUUCGAAGAUUUAAUCCACAUCAAGCAUCAUUAUGUUGCCACAACAUCUGCAGAGUCAAUUGCAGAGUUCGCUUCAUCUUUGCCUUCCUCACCAGAGCCUAAGUUGGUCAUCAUACUCGGUGGUGAUACUUCCAUUAGCGAGUUUGUCAAUGGGAUUAGCGAGAGUCUCAAUUCAGGACUCAUUGAUUUGGCUGUAAUCCCUACAGGAACCGGAAACGCCUUGGCUCUUUCUCUUGGUAUUGGUGACGUCCAUUCAGCCCUUCAGAGGCUCUUCACAUCAACACUUUCAAAGCCAUUAAAUGUAUACCUGGCAUUACUACCAGAGGGUACUCAGAAAGUAUUUCGUGGAGACUUUGUGGGCAACGCCCCGAAGAAGUAUUAUUUCUUGGUGGUGCUUUCAUGGGCUUUUCAUGCUUCCUUGGUGGCAGAUAGUGACACCGAGGAGCUACGCCAGUACGGAAACGAAAGAUUCAAAAUUGCUGCAGGACAAAACUUGAGUAGGCCACAAAAAUAUGAGGGGACUGUUUUGAUUAAGUCCAAAGAGAAAGUGGUCAAAACAAAUGGUCCCUUUUCCUACCUAAUUGUUACUCCGGUUCAGGAGUUCGAGCCAGGCUUCAGAAUCCUGCCAAGGGGAAACGUAUUUGACCUGUCUCUUUACUUGCUAACAGUAGGAUAUGAACACGAAGAGAGCAUAUCAGGCAAGUAUUUGUUUGACGUCAUGAUGGAAGCCUAUGAUAACGGCAAACAUAUCGACAAUCCCAGGGUCUCAUACAAGGAGGUUACUCUUGAUCAAAAUAUCAUACUAGAAGGGGAGAACUUACUUCCGGCUUACACCAGACGAUUCUGCGUGGAUGGUGCCAUUGUUCUGCUACCUGAAAAUGAGAAGGCUACUAUUCAAAUACAACCUGAGGGAAGUCAGCUCGGAGACUGGAAAUUACAGGUUCUCACCUAA